AUGUCGACAGAAUUGUGGUAUAAAGGACUGAUAUCUGAAGGUAUAUCACAAGCGAUGUCACAAAACAAAAUGAUUGUUAUUUUUAUUAAAGACGAUUCAGAAAAUUCAAACACUGUUUUUGAACUCUUGGAAUCAAACUUAAAAGAGUUACUUAAAUUGACCGUCCCAAUUUUGGUCCACACAAACGAUGACAACUACAACUAUUUCCAAACACUGUACACAAAUCCCAUUGAAGCCCCAACACUUUUCUUUUUUUUCAAAGGCAAUCUCCUCAACAUUGUUCCGCCACACGAAAUCACACAAGAGAAGAUUUCUGCCAUAAUAUUAUCUUCAAUGAUGAGUCCUGCCUUUUCGCAACAAUCACCUCAAAUCACGAGAUUGAAUCACGUUCCGAAACGACUGAAAUCAAAACCGUUGAAACAGUUGAGAAAGAAGAACUUUAAAAUUCACCCGACCAGAUACACCGAGU